CUUCAAAGGGUAGCAGAAUUGGAAAAGAUUAAUGCUGAAUUUCUGCGCACAAAACAGCAACUUGAGCAAGAAUUUAAUCAAAAGAGGGCGAAAUUUAAAGAGCUGUACCUGGCGAAGGAAGAGGAUCUGAAAAGGCAAAAUGCAACUUUGCAGGCAACCCAGGAUGACCUUGAGCAACUGCGGACACAGCUUAUGGAUGCCCAGGCUGAAAUGGAGAACAUUAAAGCCAUCGCGACAGUGUCUGAAAACACAAAGCAGGAAGCUAUCGAUGAGGUGAAGAAGCAAUGGCAGGAAGAGGUUGCUUCGCUGCAGGCUAUAAUGAAAGAAACUGUCCGUGACUAUGAACGCCAGUUUCAUCACAGGCUGGAGAAAGAGCGAGCUCAGUGGAACCAGUACCGGGAGAACAUGGAAAGAGAAAUAGUGGAGCUGAGGAGACGGCUUUCAGAAGGUCAGGAAGAGGAAAAUCUUGAAAAUGAAAUGAAGAAGGCUCAAGAAGAUGCCGAGAAGCUUCGUUCGGUCGUGAUGCCCAUGGAGAAGGAGAUUGCAACUUUAAAGGAGAAACUGACAGAGGCGGAAGAAAGGAUAAAGGAGCUGGAGGCCUUCAAGGUUAAAGAACUGAAUCAUUAUUUGGAAGCUGAGAAAUCCUGUAGGACUGAUCUAGAAAUGUACGUGGCUGUUUUGAACACUCAAAAGUCUGUUCUGCAGGAAGAUGCAGAAAAAUUACGGAAGGAACUUCACGAAGUCUGUCAUCUUCUAGAACAAGAAAGGCAACAGCACAACCAACUGAAACACACGUGGCAAAAGGCCAACGACCAGUUCUUAGAGUCUCAGCGCUUGCUGAUGAGGGACAUGCAACGCAUGGAAAUAGUGCUGACUUCAGAACAGCUCCGCCAAGUUGAAGAACUAAAGAAGAAAGAUCAGGAAGAUGAAGAGCAACGAAGACUUCAUAAAAGGAAGGAAGACAAACAGAAAGGUGCCAAUGAUGAAUCGAAAACCGUGUGUUCCAUAGCCCAUGAUGAAUCUCUCCCACAGUUCCCUGGUGAAGAGGAGCAUGUAAAUAGCACCCACGGCUCAGUCCACUCACUCGACACAGAUGUGCUGCUGUCCUCGGGAGAAUCUCUCAAGUCAGACAACGACCUGUUUAAAGAAGGGCUUCGAAGGGCACAGUCAACGGACAGCUUGGGGGUGUCGGGGUCCUUGCAGUCCAAAACUCUAGGCUACAACAACAAAGCCAAGUCUGCUGGGAACCUUGAUGAAUCUGACUUUGGGCCUCUGGUGGGAGCGGACUCCAUGUCUGAGAACUUUGACACGGCUUCCCUUGGUUCUUUGCAAAUGCCCAGCGGGUUCAUGUUAACCAAAGACCAGGAAAAAGCAAUCAAAGCAAUGACGCCGGAGCAGGAAGAGACGGCUUCCCUUCUCUCCAGCAUUACGCAGAGUGUAGAAAGUACUUACGUCUCACCUAGUGGUUACCGCUUAGUUAGUGAAACGGAAUGGAAUCUCCUUCAGAAAGAGGUACAAAAUGCAGGGAACAAGCUGGGCAGGCGCUGCGACAUGUGCUCCAAUUAUGAGAAGCAAUUGCAAGGAAUCCAGAUUCAGGAGGCUGAGAUGAGGGAUCAGGUGAAGAAGCUUCAGAUGAUGUUGAGGCAGGCCAAUGAUCAACUAGAAAAAACACUGCGGGAGAAACAGGAGCUGGAGGAACGCAUGAAGCAAAGCACCGAGGAAUCGGAAAGUCAGAUCUCUUCACUUAUUGUAAGAGCUCAGGAGUCCGAGACUUUACUUGAUGAACUACAGCAGGCGUUUUCUCAGGCAAAGAGAGACGUCCAGGACCAAAUGGCGGUCCUGAUGCAGUCGAGGGAGCGCGUCUCUGAAGAGUUGGUGAGGCUCCAGAAGGACAACGAAAGCCUUCAAGGAAAACAUCGCCUGCAUGUCUCUUUGCAACAGGCUGAAGACUUCACUCCCCCAGAAUCCAGCGAGGAACUCCGUGAACUGGUCCUCAAAUACCGUGAAGAUAUCAUUAGCGUACGGACAGCCGCAGAACACCUCGAAGAAAAACUGAAGGCGGAAAUCUUAUUCCUGAAAGAACAGAUUCAAGCCGAGCAGUGUUUUAAAGAGAACAUAGAAGAAACGCUGCAGCUAGAAAUAGAGAACUGCAAAGAGGAAAUAGCUGCUGCUUCCAGUCUAAAAGCAGAACUGGAGAGGAUAAAAGCAGAAAAGGAACAGUUGGAGUCCACCUUGCAGGAAAAGACGCAGCAACUGGAAAGCUUGCAAGAAAGGAGAAAUCAACUCGAAGAGCAGUUGAAGAAGGAAAUAGCGGCAAAGGCUAACCUGGAGCAGCUGAUGUUUGAAGAUAAGAGCAAAGCUCAGCGGCUGCAGACAGAGCUGGAUGUCAGCGAACAAGUGCAGAGAGACUUUGUAAAGCUCUCUCAAACCCUUCAGGUCCAGUUGGAACGGAUCCGGCAGGCAGAUUCCCUGGAGAGAAUCCGAGCGAUCCUCAACGACACAAAACUGACAGACAUUAAUCAACUUCCCGAAACAUGACACCAUCAGGAGCGGGCUCUAAGGCUGCAUUUUUUGGUGUGUGUUUUUUUUUAAAAAAAAACAACCCUUCAUCUUUAUAGCAAAACAUUAAUUAUUAUUUAACUCUAACCGAAAGAGUGGAAGGGGACAUGGGGGGAGGCGGUGGCCCAGGCUUUGUUUCCGGAAGGGAGAAGGUUUAGGGUGGGAGCGAGAAAUUGUCAGAGAGAGAGAGAGAGAGAGAGAUGUGCAGGACACCGGAGGGUAUCAGACAAGUCUGACCUCACUCAGAGCGAAGUGAUUGCCACAGCUUUCCCCCUUUCCUGAACCUAACACACUUCUCUCUCCUCUUCUUCCCCCGGCCAAUAAAGGAAACUAUCACUGUUAUUUGGAAGCAGCUGGCAGAGGCCGUGCUUCUCUGUCCCCUUAAAAUGUUUUCGAGUGAAGCUGUUGAAGUCUCCUCUCCAUCCCAACUCAUCCCCCCGCCCCACUGACUGGUCAGUCACACUGUAUUUAGCUAGAUGGCAAACAAGGAGAACGGGGGUAUACUGUGCUGUAUGAAUAUUUUAUAUUAAAAUAUGAAUUUAUUUGCAGGACACUGGAUCUAGGUUGGGUUCUCUAGCUCAGCGCUUGUUUUGUACCUGGCGCAUAGUUGUGGUUGGUGGUUUGGAAGAGCUCAGUGGCCCUUGGAAAUAGAAUGGAGAAGGGUGCAAGUUACUGAUAACGGAAUCCAUAAAGAGAAACCAGCAUCGGAUCUGAGGAAUGUCUUCUUAAGAAGACCUUUGGGGGGGGGGGGGUUAAAACAGGAAAUGCACACUUCAAGCAAAACCAAACCACAGACCCAUUUUCAACAAGCGGCACUUUCAGCCAGCGACUCCUGUCCUAGCUGAGCUAAGCUCAGCUCUCUGGCCCUUUGCCCAAAGCAAGCUCCGCUUUCUAGUCAUGCCUGGGGUUGCAUGUAAAGUGUUCCCAUUCACCCCAGCCCCUAUGGUAGGUUCUUGAGCCCACAGUCCUCUGUUCCAGUGAAAGCCGGUGACGCUAUAGGAAUUUUUAAAAUGAGACUUGAGUGAAAGAAAGGGCGGGUGGAGCCUUGGUGUGUGACCCCCGUGCCUGUUGCAUUCCUAUCAUUAUUUCAGAACUAGCGGAACAGCAGCCAUGCAUGGCUGCUGGUGUUUUUACAAGGAGUGGGAUGUGGCUGUCAAAACACUGCUCUCUAUGUUGCCCUCUCCGUUCAGUUUCCCUGCCAACCCAAAACCCAGCCUUGCAUCCUUCAGACUGAUUUCCCGAAGGCUGAGUCAUGUGGAAGGGGGGCCUCCCCUGUCAAUCAUGUUGAGGAUCUUUGGAUCCCUGCCCAAGCAACUGUUGAGCUAAAUUCCACUUUGUAUGUCUUAUUCAUGUAAACAGGAGGAACCCUCUUUGCAUAGUUUUGUUUUGCACAGGGGCUUCGAUCUAGCUGGAUCUUCUCAGGCCAGAUAUCUUUGGCUUUUCAGCAGCAGUGUUUCUCUAGGUGGCCCUUUUUUUUUUGCAACAACCUAGUAUAAUCCCCAUAAUUGCACGUAGUCACUACAGAAUGAAUUAGGAUCAGGUUGCUGGAAUCCACCCUCUUUUUAUAGCUGCUAGUGGAGGGGGGAGUAUAGCAGUAGCUAUAAAAAGAAAAUAACAAGGUCAGGAAAUCUGUUAGUUGUGAAGAACACUUGGGUAUUUUGCCCACAUUAAGGAUUGGAAAACAGUUAACUUGCUCUAACGCACUGCUUCAACAAGUUUCUUUAGAACCCUCAAUAACUGGGGUGUUUUUCCCCCUAGUGAAUUUCCAGUUGUUGAACAUGUUGGAAGCCAGCUUCUGUCCCUACCACCAUCCUCCUUUUGACACCUCAGCACUGCUAAAUCGUUAAAUUUAUGGAUCAGCAAAGGGUGGGGGUAGAAACUCCCAUGCCCCUCUCUUGUGAAGCGCCAGCUUUAACCAGUUGGGGCUAAAACCUAACUUGCUUAAGUCUGGUUAGUAGGGAACUGGCCAUACAGAAUAGCAUCAGGAUAGAUUACCGCUUAUGAAUACAGGAAUGACUACUGUGGCAUGAGGGACUCGUUACUGCUUAGUACCUAAAUUCUUGUCUAUUCUAACCUGAGGCCCAAGAUUGAGAGGGGAAAUAGAGCAGCAAAGCGAAACUGAAAAGCGUUUGGGGUCUACACUCUGGCAACAGAGCCUGACAACCUAACAAAUGCAGGAGUCUAGACUAUGGAAGACACGCAGGCUGAAGAACAUUCACAGCUAUUCCAAAGGGGAAAUGUUCUGUUUUAACUAUGGCAUCAUGAUUAUCCUCAAAGUGAAACAUGGACUUAAUUUAAUUAUGGACCUGAGUCACACUUCAUUAAAAAGCUUUUUUUUGGAAGGGGG